CGCAGCAUCCCAAGGUGCAGGACUUAACUAUACUCGUACCUAUUAAGCGACACAUGAAUUACGGCUUGGCUCCCACAGAUGUUCAGCGCACGUCUACACUUACGGCUGGUUGGGCUGCUGGUCAACUCGCUGUCCUUCAUGUUCAUCUUCUGGGCGAUAGAGGACUUCGGAGGGGACUGCGCGAAGCUGGUGGUGUUGAUCAUGUUGCCCCUCACUGAGGUGCUGGCGCGCUUCUACCACCUGUGCGAGGUGGGCCAGAGUGUCAUCUGUGCGAGAGAAAACCUUCUGGCAGCCGUGAGGGAGGCAGCAUAUGAGGCCGGGUUGGGAACGCCGUCUUCUGAGGUCCUCUCCGAACUGGCCACUCGUCUCAGCGCCACGCCCCUCGCUGUCAAGAACUGGGGCAUGGAAAAGUGAGGCUACCACACACACACACACACACACACACACACACACUAACAAAAAAAAGUGGAAAGGUCACUUAAAACAGAGACUGA